AUGUUUCAAAGUUAUGUCUUUUUUAUUAACACCGGUCGUAAAAUGGUACGGAAUCACAAUGGAUUGCCGGAACGUGGUUCCUGGUCAUCAAAACUCGACUUCAUAUUAUCUGUUGUGGGUUUUGCUAUCGGACUUGGCAAUGUUUGGCGAUUUCCAUAUUUAUGCUAUAAAAAUGGUGGCGGUGCCUUCCUUAUACCAUAUUUCUUGACUCUAAUAUUGGCGGGAAUACCAAUGUUUUUUAUGGAAUUAGCGCUUGGACAGAUGCUAACGAUCGGUGGGCUGGGGGUUUUUAAGAUUGCGCCCAUAUUUAAAGGUAUUGGCUAUGCUGCUGCCGUAAUGUCUUGCUGGAUGAACGUUUACUAUAUCGUCAUUCUGGCAUGGGCCGUUUUUUACUUCUUCAUGUCUAUGAAAGCAGAUGUACCUUGGCGUUCUUGCAAUAACUUCUGGAAUAUCGUAAAUUGUGUAAACCCAUACGAGCGCAACAACUUAAAUUGCUGGGAGGAUUCGAUAAAUGGAACAGUAAAGAAAAUUUGCUCUUUAGCCGCAGCAAAUAUCAGCACAUCAGAGUUAACAGAUCCAGUUAAAGAAUUCUGGGAACGUGGUGCACUGCAAAUUACCGAUGGCAUCGAACAUAUUGGCAGCAUACGCUGGGAAUUGGCGGGCACUCUGUUAUUGGUAUGGAUUGUAUGCUACUUCUGUAUAUGGAAAGGUGUGAAAUGGACAGGCAAAGUAGUUUACUUCACUGCACUCUUCCCGUACGUCUUGCUAACCAUAUUACUUAUACGCGGCAUAACCCUGCCAGGCGCAUUUAAAGGCAUCAAAUUCUACGUGAUACCGAAUUUUUUAAAGCUUACAGAAUCAGAAGUUUGGAUUGAUGCAGUUACACAAAUUUUUUUCUCUUAUGGACUUGGACUUGGCACAUUAGUUGCGCUGGGCAGUUAUAAUAAAUUCACGAAUAAUGUCAACAAAGAUGCCUUAAUUGUAUGCACGGUUAAUUCAAGUACAAACAUGUUUGCUGGUUUUGUGAUAUUCUCUGUUGUCGGCUUUAUGGCACAUGAGCAACAAAGACCGGUGGCAGAAGUAGCUGCAUCUGGUCCUGGCUUAGCAUUUUUGGUAUAUCCAUCGGCGGUGCUACAAUUACCUGGUUCACCAUUGUGGUCUUGUCUGUUCUUCUUUAUGUUACUGCUUAUCGGGCUCGAUUCACAAUUCUGUACAAUGGAAGACUUUAUUACGGCUAUAAUUGAUGAAUGGCCACAAUUGUUGCGUAAACGAAAAGAGAUAUUUAUAGCCAUCGUAUGCAUAUUGAGCUAUCUGGUUGGUCUGACUUGCAUCUCACAGGGCGGCAUGUAUAUAUUCCAAAUAUUGGACUCGUAUGCGGUUAGUGGUUUCUGUCUAUUAUGGCUGAUAUUCUUCGAAUGCAUAUCAAUUUCGUGGUGUUAUGGCGUGGACCGUUUCUAUGAUGGUAUAAAGGAUAUAAUCGGUUAUUACCCCAUGGUCUGGUGGAAGUUUUGUUGGUGUGUUACAACCCCGCUCAUCUGCCUAGGAGUAUUCUUUUUCAACAUAAUACAAUGGAAGCCGAUAAAAUAUUUAGACUAUAACUACCCUUGGUGGGCACAUGCGUUUGGUUGGUUUACUGCCUUGUCGUCGAUGCUAUACAUACCCGCUUACAUGUUUUGGCUAUGGAGACGAACACCUGGAGAAACAGGCCAGAAAAUUCGAGCGAUCGUACGAAUAGAUGAAGAUAUUAAGCACCUCAGAGAGAAAAUGCAGCAAGAUACAGCUAAAACAGUGGAACUUUAUACACUCUAAGGCAUUGUCUAAAUUAGCACCAUAUAGCAUUAAUUAAUAAUUUCCUAAUCAUUUAAUUACAAUACAUCAGAAUUAACGUAUUAAAAAUAAUAAG